GACGUAUGCGAAUGCUGACGCAACCCGUUGGCUCAGCAACAUCGUAGUCAUGAAGCCAAGGACAACUGCUAGUGCUGUUACAGCCUGGCCGUCCAGUAGUGACGACGAGGAGGAGAAGAAGAAUAGUAGAUGUAGAGCAGUGAAGUUAUGCAGUAGUGUGAUUCCAUCCUCAAGUAACGAUUGUCUAUCAUCACAUAAGGCUACCGAUCGCCGUGAAGAUACGAACGUACAACCAUUCCAGUUAAAAUCAGCAGCUAACAGCAGUGGUCGAAUAAUGGACUCAAUAGCUCAAGACGAGGUGAAGAACGAGUCGGGAGAGAACCCGAGGGAUUCAUCGCUCUCAAUAUUGCAGCCCAGAGCCAAUUUUCAGCCGUUGUUACAGCCUGACCGAAUCAACAGACAAGAUGCCAGUAGUACUUCGGGAUUUCAGCCAGAUGGGGCAAUCAAGAAGAGUUUGGAGGCCUCAUUCGCAGAUGAAGGAGAAGUGUUGGAGCAGAAAGAUGUUGAAGAGAAGAUCAAGAAAGAAAACAUGGACGAGCAGACGAAGGAGGAGGUCGUGGGUUCGAUGGUUGGAGUGGAGAGAGAAGAUACUUGUGAACCUCUCAAGGACGAACUUACUGCCUGGGCCCUAACCGUAAAUGAGCCAGAAACGCCAGAAGUGCAGCACUCGUGUCUUGAGCCAGCUCAUGAAGAAGAGAGAGAUUUGAAAGCCGAAAAGGAGAGAAGAGUUUUCGUUUGGACAGAAGUCAGUUGCCGAACGGUUUUCGAUCGAGGAAAAAGUCUCAAGGAAGUAUACGUAGCAACCACGAUCACUAUGGCCACCAAUAAAGGCGUUUGGCCAGAGGACGUAAGGAGAGGUACAUAUCGAGCCCUCUUCGAUCGCGGCCGGAAUCACAGCCAAACUUACAGCCAGUUACAGCCAGUAAAAUAGAAAAGAGCCGAGAAACAGCCGAGUAGCCGUAAGCCCGCACGGGAGAGAGAGAGAGAGAUACCAGCCGCGCGACUACACACACACGCUGGAGCUCACGCACGCUCACACCUAAGCCGCUCGAGUCAGAAGAUAAGCCCGCCGCCGGGAGGGGGAAAACCUCGCGCCAGGCCGCGGCAGCAGAUACUAUACUGCUACUUGUAUGUGUGAGGCGUUGAGUGUGUGUAAAAAGAAUAUUCACCUAUGUAACCUAAAGAAUUUUUUAUUUGUAAUGUAUGACAUGAGAGGUGGUAUGAUACAGUGUGAAAACCCAACGAUCGCACGAGAAAACAUAUGUAAAUCGCCAAAUGUAACGGCACUAGACCGAUAACUAUGUAUUGCGUUUGUGUGAGUACUCUAGGGAGGUGUACCGUCGCGCCUCGGCCAGAGAAUUCGCCCACUUGGUUUUUCGUCGCAGCCCAGAGAACAUCCCUACGGUUGGCCUAUUGACUUGGAUUGCGGACUCAGCCCAAAAAGCAGUACUCCGGGAUUUUCAUAGUAAUUCGAAAGGUCGUGAUUUAAGUUUAGUUUUUCCGUUGUGAGUACGAGAGAGAAGGUCGAGAGAAAGUGUGGUUCAGUCUGCAAGCCGAAAGGUAGUACUUUGUGCUAAAUUACCACAAUCUUUGUAAUAUUUUGUCUAUCUAAGAAAUAAAGUCGGAAGUCGUGAGAGUCGGAGAGUCUGCCCGUGGUAGUUAGCUGAUCAGCCGAGAUUAAUAUUAUCGGAAGUGAGAGAGUGUUAUGAGAAAAACAAGCUUAGCGAGUAGUGCGUAAUUAUUGUCUUUGAGUUACGUUCACGAAUAAUAUUGACAGUCGAGAUUACCGCCGGAGUUAUUUCAUUAAAAGUCGUAAAGUGUUAUCAAAACGAGGGAUUUGUACUUAUUUUUCCUUAUUUUUCCCACGACCGAAUCUCCUCAGAGUACAAGAGUGCUCUAGUAGCCGCGGCAAAGCAGUUGAGAAGGUAAAGUAGUCCGACCUGGCGCCCCUUUUUCCUUCGUAUAAAUACGGUCGGACGUGAGUCAGUAUU